AUCAAUUGGAGGGCUCCUGAGCCCCGUCACUCAGAGACUCCGCCCCUCACGGCUUCUUCCUGACUGCCAGCGACAGACCUGAGCCGGGCGUUUGGAGACUGCUGGGCAGCUCAGACUCCAAAUGAAAAUGUUUGAGAGUCUUGACUCUUCAGCUACAAAGUCUGGCCGGGACCUCUGGGCUGAAAUCUGUUCUUGUCUGCCAAGUCCUGCCCAAGAAGAUGCUGCCAGCAACGCCUUCUCAGACUCCUUUCUGGAUUCAUGCCCUGCAGGUGAAGGCCAUACGGAGGCAGCGGACUCUGUUGUAAAGCCAUCUGUAAAGCCCUGGGCUCCUUUGCAUGAUUCAGAAGUGUAUUUAGCAUCUCUAGAGAAGAAACUAAGAAGAAUCAAAGGUUUAAAUGAGGAAGUAACUUCCAAGGACAUGCUUCGAACUCUGGCCCAAGCUAAGAAGGAAUGCUGGGAUCGAUUCCUCCAAGAGAAGUUAGCGUCUGAGUUUUUUGUGGAUGGCCUUGAUUCUGAUGAGAGCACCUUGGAACAUUUCAAACGGUGGCUUCAGCCAGAUAAAGUUGCCAUCAGCACAGAGGAGGUCCAGUUUCUCAUCCCUCCAGAGUCGCAGGCUGAGAAGCCAGAGGCCGGGGACAAGCCAGCAGCAGGAGAACAAUAAAUUACGCACACAUAAGCCAAGCAGCUGUCUGGGGCCCGGGGGAAACACUGCUCGAGAGAGCUCAACAGCAAAGUGAAAUCCGGGGAGAGAAAAUGCCCAGACUUCCAGUCCACAGAGCAGACAGCUGCUGGCCCCCGAGGACUUGCUUGGAGCUGGCUUGUGUGACUGUCUCGGAUGAAGUGACUGACCCAGUGUGUGCUGGAUCAGAAAGCUUGACUGAGCUCUCUUGCUGCAGGUGAGAGGUUUGCAAGGAUCCAUUGAAGGACAGGGUGUGGAAGAGCCUGGAGACACUGAGCUCUUGUGUAUAAUGUAUCGGUUAAGUGAGCCGUAUUUUUUUUUCUCACAUCUGGGUCUUCGUGUCUGUGUCUCAAGCAUUCCAUAGCUAAGGAGUCAGGAGCAAGUGUAGCCAAGGCGAAUGAAGUCAGCCUCCUUGAGUCCAAGCCCUUGUGGGGCUUUCUCACACACUCAUUGUAAAUAGGAGGACUCGAGGGAAAUGGGCUUUUCCUUUUGAUUUGUUCCUUGUGUCAAAAAUGGGAAAAAAAGAAGUGUGGAACGUGGGUGUUUAUAUCUGUGUAGAUAUAUUUCCUGUUUCAUGGCUUCUCCCCCAGCUUCUUUUUGUACCAAGUUCCAAAUUAGACUUGUAAAUAUGCUUUAGUGUUUGACACAACUCUUGACUAGUUCCAAACUUGCUCCCUGCGGCAACUUUCCUGACUGAGCUUGCAUUUACUCUUUGUUUAUUGUGUUGUUGUUCAUGUGAAGUUUGAGUUGUCUAUAUAAAACUUUGUCAUUGGAACAAG